UACACAGUCGCUGCGUGACGUCACGAACUGAUCAUCCGCCGAGCUCGGACGUGACACCUAGCGUUAUUAUCAACCUUCACCCACAGUCGACGUGCAACGUGGGUAAACAAGAAGCUUGCCCGCCUGCGUGAGCUAAACGAUAACCGGGGAAGAGAAAUGAUCUGGACGGUGUUCCCCCGAACCCCUCCCCGUUAGUUGUGCGUCAGCUUGACGUCACUCACCACAAUGACGAGGCGGACGAGCACUUUGCGGACUGUUGGACGUGUUGCUACGUGAGCUAGCAACCGGAGCUAAUCUCAGCGAACCUGCAGGGGGAGACAAAGCAGUAUUAUCAGACUGGAGGUGGGCUUACAUUCUAAUGAAACAUGAAACGGUCUGCCCGAGGUCGUUCACAGGAGGAAAAUCCUGAAAAUGACCUGCACAAACUGAAGCAACAAUAUGGCCAAGCAGUAAAAGAUAAACAAGCAUAUGAUAGGAAAAUUCAAAGCCUCCUCGAGAAAGACAGGCAACAGGGAGAUUCAGAGGCUCCAGACUGAACAUGACGAACUAUUACACAUCCUCACCAUCGCGCAAAGCAAUUCCAACCAAAAGAAAGAAGUGAAUGCUGCUCAAGAUCUUGAUAACCUUUUGACCAGUGAGGAAACUAUAGAGGAAGAGCUACUCACAAACAAAGCCAAAUUGGCAUCUUAUAAAAAGGAGAUUUUAGAAUGGGAGAGGAAGCUGGUAGCUCAGAGGGGAGGGAGUGCACCUCAUAAUACAAAAUGUGAAGACAACUCAAUAAAGGAUAUCUUGUCAAAAGAGGACAAACUGUACAAGGGUCACAUAUGCUUCAAUGAGCUGAUGAUAAGAAAUGGGCAAUUGAAAAAGGAACUUGAUAUUCUGGAAAUGGAGAAGAAUGAGUUCCUGCAAAUUCAAACUCAGCUGAAAAAGGACCUGCAUAACAUUCGUAAGGAAAUUUCUGACUUGAGCGCUAUGUGUACAAAAGCCAACAAUGCCAGCGUUGCAAUCCAGAUAAAGCAGAAGAAGUUGAAGGAACAAAAAGCUCAGUUUGAUGCACAGUACACUCAAACAACAAUCAAUUUAGAGCAUGAAAUUGCCACGCACUGCAACCUUGAGGCUAUGGUAAACAUCAAGAACGCCGGCGACGAGGGUUCCGACCGCGAAAAAGAGGAUCUGCUGGAGCAGCUACAGAAAUUGGCAAAUUUGGAAGAUGCCAUCCGGAAUAUUUUGAUAGAGACCGGGGAGAAUGACCUUGACACACUGGUGGAAAACUUCAUAGCAAUGGAGGAGGAGAACUAUUCUUUACUGAGCUUUGUCAACUAUCAGCACUGGGACAUUGAGGCCCUUAAACAGGAGAACGCCGAGCUUCAAAAGGAGUGCGAGGUCUUUAUUGCUAACCGAAAGCAGCAGGCAGAGGACCGCAAAACACUUCAGACGGCCAUUACCACCAAGCAAGAGAAGAUCGAGGAGCAGCUGUCCGGCUACGAAAAGCGAAUUGACGUCCUGGAAAAUAUCUUAGAUCGUCUUAAAAAAGGCAUCCAAACAAUACUUGACAUCACCUAUGACACUAAAGACAUGGCUAGCACGUUGAGUUCUUCUGACAGAGCCCUGGAUGAGCACAUGGCAGCUUGUUUAAAGCUAGUGGAGGAAAAAGUCAAUGGUUACCUCAAUCUGCAGUCCGUUAUUGCCUUCCAGGAGAGCUUAACGCAGUGUGAGCUCUCUAACGAUGGAUUUGGUUCUAUAGCGGAUCAACUGCGAGGGAAGGGGAACACCCCAGCACCUUCCACCCCACAGACUGAUGAGGACAAAAACCGUCCGAAAGGCAGUCGUUCAGGAAGCAAGGGAGCAAAUGAAAAGAUGGCUUCCUACAGCAGCUCAUAAGCUGAUUCAGACAGAAAGACACGAGGACCAGGGGUCCGUUUUGUGCAUAGUACUUGCACCAACAUUAACAUGCUGCCCUGCACUGGCCAUUCAUGCUUGGAUAAUGGCAGAAAUUGAGGCCAGUCCUUAUGUGCAGAUGUUUCCAUGUGGUGUACUGCAGCGUUUACGCACACGUUCAUUUUUAGUAUGGAUCCUAUGCCGUGUUUUGUAUCGGGCCACAGAUGAACGCCUCCUGAAUGAAGUGACCAGCGGCGGCCUGCUCACAAACUCACAAUUGUGGACUGAGAAAAAGACACUCAACUUCUAAAUGAAACUAUAUGUAUGUAACAUGAAUAUGAAGAAGUCAUUAGAGGUAACCCGAGAGGAGAAAAAAAAUCCAAACAUGAGGGCCUCUCAGAACAUGGUUGGUUUUAAGAAGCACAGUGCCCACCAGAACUGAGUCAACGAGUGGGCAUCUUAUUGUUUUCACACAGCAAUGGGGAAGUUAAUGCACAGCUGUUGAGAAAAUGGACUUAAAGGUCAAAACAAAAGGAGACCUAUAAUUGAACCCUGGCAACCACAAGGGGAGGAUUGAAGGGCGAUCUCAACCCCUGUUUGGGUUCCUUUAAAUAGCUCAAAGCAGCAAUUACUUGGUGAUCCAGACCUUUGGACUACCUGACAUGCUUCACAGUGCUUGCCACCGGGCGUUUAGUGCUAAAAAAAAAAAAACAUUCGGAAAGAGUGUGCACAUAUACAAUCUUAAAAGUCUUAUUUCAAGUAUUGCCUUAAUUCGGUCAAUAUGAGACUUCAUCUCAAAGCCAGGUGACAUUCAAAUUAAGGAUAGAAUUGAAUAAUGAACAAAAUAUUAAACAUGUAUGCCACCAAAACCUUUGAUUCCUUAGUAUUUCUAUAUUCAUAAACUACCAAUGACUGCGAUUGACGUCCAAGCCAUUGGACCUGGUAGGUAUUGGCAGUAAAUGAGUUAGAUUAAACGGUAAACUAUUUUAUGAUUAAUCAAUAAAUUUGAUAGAUUAAUCUGGUGGCCAAUUUUGCGAUUACAGUAAACUACUUUUGUAAUUAAAUGUUAAUAUUGCCAUUACAAAUGGACUGGUCAUUGGUGCUGAAACAUGAUCAGUUGCAAUUACUGAGUUAAUGAUAGAUUAAUCUGUCAAAUAAUUUUCAUAUUAAACAACGAUUUUGAUAUUCAUCUGUUGACUCAUUUUGUCAUGUUUCGAUUAAUCUCUGAAUUCUUAGGUUAGUGCAAAUGGAUUGGGCUUCUAUCAAUCAUUGGCAAUGAAACAUGAUCACUGGCAGUGAAUAAGUUAAAUCAUUACUAAUGCAAAUAUUUUAUGAGAUCAUCAAGAGUGGUCGAAGUGAACAACACUGCUUUCCCGUCGUGAUCGUUCUGCCUCAAACACCAGCAAGUGGCUCUUCAGUGUCUCCUCAGGACCAGAAGCGAUGAAUGAUGGGUCAUUGUUCUGUGCAAAAAAAAAAAGCAUAUUACUGUUAAAUUAUUUCUUUGCAUGAAAGUUGCCUGCAAUGCACAAUAAAUAGAGAACAUGACAAUGAGGACUCACAGUCACAGCAGAAAUGAAGGCAUCCAUCAAAUGGUAAUCUGCUUGAGCGUGUCCAUGCAGACCAUAUAGAGCGGGCCCUUCCGUGUUGGCUACAUGUUUGGUGGUUUUCUGGGUCAGGAAGUUGUACACAUAAAUCUUGUCAUCUGUAUAUGACAACUCACCCUGAAAAGUAACGGUAUUGCUUGAGUUGUCAUUUUCAUACACUGUGAAAACCUCCUCAAAACCAGUUAAAUUCGCUUGUUUUCAGUGUAAAUCUAGAAAUAAGUGAACAUAUCUGCCAGUGCUUCCAAGUAAAUUUUACUUACAUUUCUCGAAAUAAGAAAUA